AGCGCGGGAGAGGCGGCCGAGGAGCGCGCGCCCUGAGGCCGGGAGGCGAACGGCCCUCGAAGGCGAACCCGGGCCGACCGGGAGACAUCGGGGCCUGGUAGCUGAGACAUUCAGUCAACAGGAAAAUAUGAAUGAUUCGAGGCAGCAGUCAUUGUUCUUCAUCACAUCUCCAGAUUUACACAAACUCUGUGCUGUCAGGAUAAUACUGAGUAAUGGGGUGGCGGAUACUGAGAUUAGGAGUACGCAAAUGAAGAUGUGCAGGCAAUUGCUGUUUUUGCACCAAGAUAUUCUUGCAUCACCUGUGCCUGGAAUAUUAAACCAAAUUUGGGUAGUGAUGGCGAUAACAUUUUAUAAAGCUGGAAAACUUAAUGCCUAUAUUGAAAAACACGGAGCUAAAGUGGAGGCUCCACAGAGAGUAAUCCCUGUAAUUCUUCAAAACUGCCUUUCAUACUCACUCAUGGCUAGGCUUGCUCCAGCCUGGAAUAAAACUGGCCAUCUCUUGGUGCAAGGACGAGAAUUUCUUUCUCAGAUGGGAAAGCAAAGUGCUGUUGUAUUAGACAUCAAUGUAACUGAAACUCAAGUUUGUCUAAGUAUAGAAGCUUACACAAUCAGACUGCCACCACCUGAGCUAAGAGAAUUUGAUAUUUCUCAGAGUGUUAUCAAGGAUUUUGAUACUAACAAGAAUGCCAUCAUUGAAGGACAUUCAAUUUUAAGCAACUGGUGCUACGUUUUGCCAAGUAUGAAAAGGGGACAAAUAAUAAGUAUUCUUCACACCAUACCCCCUGACUGUCCUUUUCAUUCAUAUGAAGAUUUCCAGAUGCACUGGGAUGACCUGAUACCCUCUCAGCUGCAUUAGAAGUCAGCCUAUACAGUUCUUUCCAAGAGUAGAUUUGGAAGGUGUGUUGCAAAG